AGUCUGAACCAGAGUCUGAACCGGAGUCUGAACAGGAGUCUGUACCAGAGUCUGAACAAGAGUCUGUACCAGAGUCUGAACAAGAGUCUGAACAAGAGUCUACACCAGAGUGUGUACCAGAGUCUGUACCAGAGUCUGAACAAGAGUCUGAACAAGAGUCUGAACAAGAGUCUGUACGAGAGUCUACACCAGAGUCUGUACCAGAGUCUGAACAGGAGUCUGUACCAGAGUCUACACCAGAGUCUGUAACAGAGUCUACACCAGAGUCUGUAACAGAGUCUACACCAGAGUCUGAACGAGAGUCUGAACGAGAGUCUGAACAAGAGUCUGAACCGGAGUCUGAACAGGAGUCUGUACCAGACUCUGAACAAGAGUCUGAACGAGAGUCUGAACAAGAGUCUGCACCAGAGUCUGAACCAGAGUCUGAACAAGAGUCUGCACCAGAGUCUGAACCAGAGUCUGAACCAGAGUCUGAACAAGAGUCUGAACAAGAGUCUGUACGAGAGUCUACACCAGAGUCUGUACCAGAGUCUGUACCAGAGUCUGAAAAAGAGUCUGAACCA